AUGCCCAUUAAACAGACCAUCACAGCGGCUCAACGGAAGGCCCACCAGGCGCCGAAUGCCUCAUGCGCCUCGGCUGCUUCCCACGCCGGUCCCCACUCGUCGGAUUCGGACGACGACGACCCCAUGCACGACACGUCCAAGGGAGCACGAGCAGAACGCCCCCGCCGCAGCACCGUGCUGGCGGGCGACGCUCGUCGGCCGAUCAACGUCGACGAUUCCAACUCCGACAUGUCUGACGACGACCAGCCUUUGAAUGCGAGACGCGGUCAAAGCACCGGGACAAAGCAGCCCGCGGCAAGUGCGUUGGGCGCUACGAAAAUCUCCCCACUGCGCAAAGGAUCCUCGUCGACCCCGAGCUCGGUUCGCCAGGACGAUCCGAUGGACGUUGACUUGAAGCGGUCCACACGCACCCCCAUCGGUCUGGACACGCCCCCCGCGAGCACGCCCCCGUCCAGUCCCUCCAACGGACCACGAACCGACCUCGAGAGCCACUCGCAAGAGGAGACGGCCAUGGACACAGACACUGUCGUGAGCGCGGUACAAAAGGAGAGCACUGGCUCUGCGCGGGGCGACACCGGAGCUCGACAGCCCCUUUCGAAACCGACAUCCACCACCGGGAGCGCGAAAGCGGCGAGCAGCGCCACUCGAACACCCAAGUCCUCGCCAGCAGGCCGCCGCCAGCAGCGUUCUAACGACAUGGAUGUGGACCAUCAGAGCACGAGCACCGAGGAGAAGAACUCUGCAGCCCGUGCACUGACGGAGGCGGUGAAGCACAUCUCGUGCCACACAUGGCCGCCCUGUGCAGUGUGCGCUCGCAUCGCCGGCCUCACCCCCGCGCAGCUCGCCGAGAUCGUCAACCAACACAACAAGGCGUACCUCGAAGAGGCCAAGAUACGCAAAGCUCUCGCGGAGAAGAUCGCAGAAACGAUGCUGCGCGCGUACCCGCCCCCGCCACCCCCGCUCACCGUCGCCGCGACCACGGCCACGGCGCACACCGUGCGGCCUUUGACCGGCGUCAUCCUCCCCAACUCCUCUCAAUCCGCUGGGGCUGGGCCUUCUGGACCCGACUCUUCGCCCGCCAACGGUUCACGCGCGGCGCCUGCGUCGGCGUCGGCUUCGGUGCCCCGCGCUACCCCCGCUCCCACGGCGUCCUACCCCGACAUACCGACCUCCGUCUACGGCCCAAACUACGAGCCCAGCGACUACCCGAUGAAGCCCCUCUACCUCUCCGCCGGGUACGCUGGCGGGAACCAGCUGCUGCAUCCCGGCCCCAGCCCGUCCGCCAACCGGGCCAUGGCCCCGCCCCCGCUCCUCCCCGGGCGCGGCCCGUUGACCACCCAGCCCCUGCAGCGCCAACAACAACAGCAACAACAGCAACCACCACCCCCAGGCGCGCUCCCGAUGGGCGCGCUCCUCCCGCCCUCGCGCGCGAUCACCGUCCCGCGCCCGGGCACGAUCACCGUCCCGCCGCUGCGGGUGACGAGCACGGUGGACGGCGGCGGCGCGGGGCCGCUGCCGGUGGGCGCGCGCCUGCCGGCGACGAUGCGGCAGCCGGCGGCGCUCCGGCAGCUGCUGUACUCGCGAGGGCCCGCGAACCGCAACGCGCAGGCGUCGUCGUCCGCGAUGCGCGUGGAGGACAUGGAGCCCGUCGGGAACCCGUACGCGCGCGGCUUCCCGGGGCGGCUCGCCGCGCCCGGGGCACCUGGCGGGGCGGGCGACGCGCCGGGGCCGGGGCCUGCGGGGGGCGAGGGCGGCGUGCCGGGCGGGGCGGGGCUGGGACUGGGGCCAGGGCUGGGGCGGGGCAAGGGCGUGCGGAAGGUGAUGCGCGCGAAGCGGUACAACCGGAAGAAGCGGGAGGAGUGGCCGCCGCAGGGGUGGAUCCCGAUCUGGGAGGAGGAGCGGCCGCGGAUGUGGGGCGAGCACACGAUCCCGGACGAGGUGCCGACCGGGGAGGUGUACGACCACCUCAAGCGCCGGUUCGACCUCAAGAGCGCGGGGAUGUGCGCGUGGGUGGGGUGCAAGCCGGCGGACCCGGACAGCCCGGAGUACAAGAUGCUGAAGCGGCACGUGGAGACGGUGCACCUCGGCCUGAAGCUCGUCUGCCAGCAGUGCGGGGUGCGCAAGCGGGCGGACAACCGGCGGAAGGCGACGCACAAGCGCGGGUGCCCGGAGCGCGAGCGCGAGGAGGCGGAGGCGGCGGCCGCGGCGGUCGCGAAGGCGGCGCGGCCGCGGCUCGUGCCGGACAUGGGGAUCGCGAUGGGCGAGAUGGUGGUGUCGCUCGAGCUGGGGCCGCAGCCGGCGGAGGCGGAGAUGGAGGAGGACGAGCUCGCGGACGACGACCCGAUGGCGGAGGACGGCGAGGGGGGCGAGGAGAUGGAGAUGGAGAUGGAGGACGAGGACGAGGACGCGCUCGAGGAGGAGGUGGACGAGCUCGAGGACGACCAGCUGUACGAGUCCGAGGACGAGUAG